AUGAAAGAAGAUCUGUUCACCUUCGAUAGGCUUGUGGAGGAAUGCCUCCAGAAUAUCAGGACACACGUGUUCGACGGAGCGGGGAUGCAGGUCAGCCCCGCAAUAUUCAGGUUUCUUUCCGCUUGGCCCAACGAGGAGAUUGUGGCACGGAUUGUUGAUGCGACAAAUCCCGCAUUCAAGGACCUCUUGGUAUCCAACGUCGAUUUAUUCUGCAGCAUCACGAGCCUCGCCAAAGCCGUUGAUCAUACCAAUCAAGGAGUCUUCGCAGAUAUUCUGACGAAUGAUGAUGAGUCAGCCAUCAAGAUUUUUGUCGGCGCAGCCGCUGGGCCGUACAAGCCGCGAUCGGGCGGUAUGCGAGGGCGAAUCCAAGGACUUCAAGCAGAGAUGAGAGCCAAGAAGUCUUCGACAGUUCUACAUUUCCAGGCCGCCCGCACUGCAGGAUGGCGCACGAACUGGGUCACGUUGGCGGCUUUUAAAACACGUGUGGACAAAGAGAUGGUUGUCGUUGCACAGGCUACCAUGACAGUUCUUCUGGGAUCGUGCCCGAGAAGCAGUUAUGUCGCUUGUAGGCCUACACGUCUGAAGCCUGCCCCGCAGGCCUGGGGCCUUAAUGAGAUUGCCCCGUUACGGCUAGACGGCCUAGCAACUUACUACAAAGGCUUCGACACUAUGGAUCAAGAAGAGGCAGUGAUCCUUCGCCAGAAGCGUGCAAUCGCCAGCGAAACCACUUCGUUCACUGCUAGCCGUCGCCGACAGGAUCGAUUGAGAAACGGUGGACCGGUCCGGGUGUAUGUCCUACGACAAGGUGGUCGUGUCGUACGCUUCCACGUGACAUUAAUGACCGCAAAAGACGGUGCUCACGUCGACAUUACUAUACCCUUGAUGAUUGGCCUCGAAUACGGACUCCAAACGACUCGCAAGGUUGACAUCAAGCUGGAGUUGAGCGCAAGAAAUCACCACACCCCGUUCGCGAAUAAGGCGGCUCACAAUACCAAUGCUCGUCGGUUAGGGAUAAUCCUGUCUGGGACUCGUGCCACCGGAUCAAUGAAAGGGAUGGGAUUUACACACUGGCUUCAAUCGCCGAGAAAAGCAGCUCUUCUUAAGGCUGAGAAGCUCAUUCAAUUUCUCAGCAAGUAUCACAGGCAUGGCGGCGAAACUCUGAACGAUAGGAGCGAGACAAGUUCCAGAUACGUCAGUUGGUCUGGGCAAAGUUUUGUGAGCACUCUGGAGCCAGUGGGGAGGGAACAACAGCAUGUUCCCUCUAAACGACAAACGUCUCAUGCUGUAGAACAAAAUGACAUGGAGAGAAGUGGUGGCCAAAAAUUCUACGGCAUGUUGCUUGAGACGGUCGAAGUGCUACAGCGGUUAUGCAAUUCUCGGAAAAUCAGGGCCACACCGAAUGUUUGUGCUUAUCUUAAAACCAAGUCAGCAAAGGACAUUGCAACGAUGAUUGCUGCCGCCGUUCGUGCUCCGGUUAUUGAUAUCCUUCUGUCCACAACGGAGUUCACAGCGUCAAGGUAA